AAGCGCAAAACAGCCUCGAAAAUGCAUUUAGGGAAUUUUAGUCUUCCAACUUCUUAGGCUGCAAAAACCUGUUAACUAGUUCUACUCUAGCCAACGGAUCCAGCAUGUUAUCUAGUCGCUAAUCUUCUUAUUUAUGUUUCACAGCUUGCUACUCUUUGUUUUUUGAAAUGGAUGGCAGUGACGAAUGGAAUCCUUUGGCCCGGGCACUCCGCAAACAGCAGCAGACGGCGCCGACCAGUUAUUCGAGAAUUCCCGAACCAUCAGACCCGUAUCGUCGACGUAGUCGGUCGCCUUCGCCACGUUCGCUUAAUUCGCACGGAGUCGAUAGCCGCAGUGAUUUUCCACAGGAUCGAUAUCGCGAACCACGAUCGGCUUAUUCGCAAGUUCCAGUGGACUCGCAUUAUCAGCGUCGGGACCACCAGGGCCAGCCUGCGUACCCAUCCGAUCAACGCUCCCCUGUGCAACAGCGUGAUUUGUCUCGCGCAUCGGACAGGCGCCCGUUAUUAGACGAUUUCUAUGCGUUUCGUCCCGCUCUCGUCUCGCGUGGCCCGGAACCCAUCCAUUCCGAGUAUCAACCCAUCCGCCGACGGGAUCCAUCCCCGCCGCUGCGCCAACCGCCAGCCUCUUCGGAUUACCAACCCUUUCCACUGAGUGGUGGCCCCGAUCGUCGUCAUCAUAACGAGAACUUCGCUCCCAUUCACACUUAUGAAAACCGACCUGAUCAGAGAAAGCGCGGAUUAGAGGAUGAGUUUGAUCGCGUUCCGAGGCGGGGAGAUCUGCGGGAUAAUGAUUUGCCUGGGCAGAGGAAACUCUUUCAGGAUGCCGUCCGAUCGGCAUUGUUGAUGGAUGUCGAUGAUCGCUUGCCGCCAAAACCGACGUUCAAUGAGCCGCGGAGUGCUCGAGAUGAUUAUCCACAGUCUGAUGGACGAUUCCCAGAUAUCCAUGUGGCAAGGAGUGAACCAAACAGCCUGAUGGAUAAUUAUCCGCCACUUGAGAGACGAUAUCAACAAGACGUUCGUCCCUCUAAGACUGAAUUAGUCCGAUCACGGGACGGAUAUCCACAGCCCGAACGGCACAUGCAUGGAGAUUUGCGCCCAGCAGAAAAUGAAUUUCCUGGGCCACGGGGCGAUUUCUCUUCGCCGGAAAACCGAUUCCAGGGGAAUCUUCAACCUGUAAGGACUGAAUUGCCGCGACCAACACAAAGUUAUUCGCAUCCAGAACAGCUAUUGCGCGAAGACGUCCGUCCAACUGCGGCGGAAGCCGGAUUGUCAAGGCCGAGUGAUGGUUAUUCGCAAUCUGAAAAGCGAUUCCCCGAAGAUUUUAGAACAACAGAAAGUGAUGUACAAAGGCCAAGGGAUGAUUAUUCUCAAGCGCCUCUGGAAGGCUUUCCAACAGCGCAUCCAGUAAAUUCAACGGCAUUGGGCACGGAGAUCCCGAAGGGGGUACCCGUUGCGAUGGAAUCAGCGCCGCUGCGAGGACAGCUCGCUUCUGCACCACUGGUUGCAGAAAAAGUUUCCAGACCCGUGGUGCCGGAAGAACGAAGCUUCAUGGCACUGCAACGGGCGGUGCGGGUCUCUAAAGAAGAGGCUGAGAAGCGUGUUGAGGAGCAGAAAAGCAAUGGAUUCGGACUUUCGAAGAAAGAUAAGAUUCCGGUGACACCUGUUAAGCAGUCACCACAAACGCAGUUAAGCAGCACGGUGACAUCUGUUAUGCAGCAGUCACCAAGCAAACCACAAACGGAGAGCAAAGUUGAACCUGUUGUUCCAAAAGGCUUGCAGCAACCAGGAGCGAGCAAGCCAGGUCCACCCCCGGCUCCGCUGUUUCCGUCUGCAGGGAACAUUCAAAGCGCCGCAGCAAAGAGCACCACGGAAUCUAAGGGAUGGGUCGAUACUUAUCCAGAAACGGAGGAAACAGUUCCAGAGGAGCCCACCGCGCCAGUUUAUACAGCACCUAAACCAAGCCCCCCAAAGUCAAAGCCGCUAGUGUCUCUUCUUCCGGAACCAGCUCCGUUGUUUCCUCUUCUUCGCUCCGAGAAGGCAGCACUAUUGCAUUAUCCAUCUGAUGAGCCGGUAUUGCGCAUGGAUGCCUGUCCGACUGGUUUGGAUAAUCCUUUGCUACAGGCGUCGCCACCGCCGCUUUGUCGUCCCGGGAUGUCGAAUCCAUUGCUGGAUUUCCCGCGAAAGCCGCUAUUGCCUAUGUUUGGUCAGCCGUUGAUAGCUGAGUUACCACGUCAGCAAAUUAACCGAACAAUGGAUUACGGUGACACUGAUUACCGACGUCCCGAACCAUACAACGACCGGGACAGGGAAUAUUAUGACAGGAGGAACGGACAUGAGCAGCGAGUUGGGGAAAUGCACGGUGGAUACCAUACAACAGCAGAGGAGCGAUAUGGAUAUGACGAGAGGAGAGGAGGAGAUUUUCGGCCAGUGGAUGAUCGCGAUGGUUACAGACAUGAACCGCGUGAUGAUUACCGUUAUCCGGCCGAGCAACGGAGACCGGAUCCACCGCGUCCGCUUGAUGGCUCGGAUGCGCCGAGAGCCAGACCAGAAGACCCGGCUUUGGAAGAAUUUUAUCAGCAACUGGCAGCACGGUCGUCAUCUUUUGCUGGGGAUAUUUUUGCUGUUAAUGAUCAGCUACCGCCGCGGCGUUCGAUUGGUGAUCCUACUGGAUCUCGUAAUGAAAGUGUCCGAAAUGCGGAAUCGGACCGGCCCAAUCAGGUUCAUGCGCAACAGGAAACAGGAUCUCACAGUGAGCCUACGGGCAGCUCUCCCUCCGUUAACAAGCUGCUCCUCAAUUUAAUAGUGGCUUUGGCGGAGAAUGAUCGUCAAACUGGUCAACGGCACAAUGCCAUGACGUCCCCUGACGAAAUACAGACGGUCGAGAUGGAAGACGCUUUCUCUUCCGGUGCAAAUCAGCCGAAUUCUGGGGCGGACAGUAGAGCAGAUUCUCAGACUCCUCGAUGGGUGGAAGGUUUCUCCGUAUCGGACUCUGUGUCGCCGCCCACGAAACGAGCUAAUAUAGCGUCGCGGUCCUGUCGUGUUUGUAAUGUGGACUUUGGUAGUAGUGAAGAGCUGGUGGCGCACAUCAGGACACGGGAGCACAUUCAGGCCUGCGGUCCAGUGAAACCGACCACCGUGGAUUCAUCCCAGUUCCGACCGGUUGGCGGGCGAUAUUAUUAUUGAUGCGGUGCUUCUUUCUACCUCUAUGAUUUACACCAUGUGAAUUAAUUGAUUGUGUACAGGUUUUGGGAGUUUGAACUCUGAAUGCAUUAAGUUUUUGUCGAAGAUUGCGUUCGAAGAGGCAUUCACAUUGUACUUUUUAAGUUAUGAAAUCACGCAUAUAUACAUUGAAUUUAGGUUUCGGUUCUCUGUUAUUUUCAUUUCAACAGCAUGUUAGGUGGUUUGUUGGUUGUGAGUUUUGGCGGUUUAAUUUCACACCAUCGUGAAAAUAAAGUUGCAUU